UCUUCGCAGGGUGCGUUAUCGCGCGCGGCGCGAGAGAUUCGAAUGGGCAAGCAGCCAUGCGCUUGACCCUGGCACCAAGCUUUGGAGCGCGGCCUGCCGGAUGCCAGGUUGCCUUGCGCGUCUCAUGCCGGAGGGCAAUUGCGUCGGAGGCUGAUACCUGGAUGCAUCAACUGAGCACGCGCUUUCGCUCCCUUACGUUGAUCGCCUCCGCAACGUACCUGGCGCGCUCGGACUUCUGGCGCUGUGCCUCCCGGCCCUGGACCAAGGAUUCCAGGGCGGCCGCCCAGCGGCUUCCCCACACCUUGGCCCAAGAGCUGCUGACGGCACAGCAGCCCACGGUGGCCUUUGUUGAGACCCGCUACGUGGAGGAGUUCACGAAGCUUAUUGGCACUAGAGCCACGGUGCCCUUUGUGCUGGUCACUGCUGGCUCCGAUGCGCCUAUGACUCGAACCUGGCAAACCAGGCUGCUGCGAAUGCCUGGCCUGAGGGCCUGUUAUGCCACCAACCUGCACACCCCUUUGGACGCCCACAAGGACGUGUUUCACCCGUUGCCGGUGGGCUUCUAUUCCAUGCGCCUCAAUGCUCAGAACGAGGCGUUGCUCCAAGGCCAAUUCGCCUCAGACCGGGACUGCCGGCUGUUGGUGCCCUGGAUGCGCAUGAAGAACGGCCAGAAGAUGCGGCGUGGGUACUGGACGAACGUGCUGGAGUCUGAAGAGUACAAGGAUUUGGUGGUCCUGAUGAAAGACCGCCUGGCUUUCCCGCAGUAUGUGGAGAAGCUGGCGCGAGGCACCGCUUCGUGCUGUCGCCCCCUGGGAAAGGCUUCGACUGCACCCGCACCUGGGAAGCUCUGGCUGUGGGCUCCAUGCCCUUGGUUGCCGAGAGCAAGACCUUUGACCCUCGCAUCUACGACGCGGCGCGUAUCCGGCGCAUCGCGGGAGCCGCGGAGCUCUCAGCCGAGACCCUGGCGGAAAUUCUGCGGGGUCCUGCCGCGGUGGAUCAGCGCCAGCUGAAGGUGGACUAUUGGGCGGCGCGCUGGAGGCAGCAUCUCCUGCCAGGCUGACGUCCGACGCUUCUAGAGCCCCGAUCUUCGAAUCGCUUUUGGGCCGGGAGAGGCCCAGGAGCCCAAGGCAAUGGACUUCCACUGGUGAACAGCUGCCCAAAGCAACGGCCACGAUCCGCGGAGCAGAGUUCAGCGGCGCCCCGCGGAGCGG